AUGUCUCAACAUCUUGAGCAUCGAGCCGCGUUUGAGACCCAUUUCAUUGGCUUCUUAUACCGCCAAUGGCUCAUGUACCCGAAGCCAUGGCCCAAGGGGACUGAUCUUUCCGGCCAGACGGCCAUCGUGACUGGCUCAAACUCCGGCCUCGGCUUCCAAGCCGCGCGACAGCUCUGUCAAUUAGGCCUCACCCACAUCAUCGUGGCCGUGAGGUCGCAAGCUCGAGGCGAUGCGGCUGCGGAUAAGCUGCGGAAAGAAUUUCCGAAUUCCACGGUCUCCGUCUGGCUUCUAGACAUGGCGUCGUAUGACUCUAUCAAGGCGUUCGUGCAGAGAUGCGAAACGCUCCCGCGCAUAGAUAUCACCAUCCUAAAUGCCGGUAUACGGGCUGAUGUGUACCGGCCCCACGCCGUCACCAACCACGAGAUCGUCUUUCAGAUCAACUAUCUCUCCACCAUUCUACUGGCCAUCCUGCUCUUACCCGUCCUCAAGUCUAAGAAGUCGGUGAACCCGGCCACGAUGCCGCCGCGCCUCACUAUCGUCACGUCUGACACGGCCUACUGGGCUCCGCCGUUCAAGUCACCCGGCCCGAUCCUCCCACAGUGCGACAUUAGUGAGAACUACGUACCGAUGGCGGCCUAUCCGCGGAGUAAAUUACUGCAGAUGUUCUUCGUGUCUAAGCUCGCGGAAUAUGUUGACCCUGACGACGUGAUCAUCAAUUUAUCAAACCCGGGCCUCUGCGGAGGUACCGAAUUCGGCUCGAGCGCCAAUAUGGGCUUCGUCAGUAGGACUAUUUUCACCAUAUUCCAGGGCAUAAAUGGCAGGAAUGUGAGUGCUGGGACGAACGCCAUCCUCGACGCUGUGGUUGCGAGGGGCAAGGAGACCCAUGGGAACUAUAUUAGCGACUGGACUAUCCAACCGUUUCCCUCGUGCUAUUACACGAAAGAUGGACAGAUUUUGAAAGAACAGAUAUGGGAAGAAACGCUGGAGGAGUUUAACUUUGUUGGCGUCUCCAAGAUAAUUCAAGACAUGAAGCGCUAG